CCAUCAUGUUCCUUAAACAUAUCGCAUUAGUUGUUCCAGUUUUGUUGUUUCUAUUGUUACAGUACUCAUCAGCAAAAGUUACAUACAACGUCCUCAGUUUUGGAGCCAAAGCUAACGGCCGGUCAGACUCAAAAAAUGCGUUCCUAAAAGCCUGGAAUUUGGCAUGUGCCUCCACUAGUCCUGCGAUCAUUUAUGUGCCGGCCGGCAGGUAUUUGAUUGCGUCGGCAGUCACAUUUGCCGGCCAGGCAUGUAAGAGCAAAGCCAUCACAUUCAAGAUAUAUGGUACUUUGGUGGCUCCCUCUAGCUACAAUGCUAUAGGUAACUCUGAAGUAUGGAUUAAAUUCCACAGGGUUAACCAUGUUACCAUCUCUGGUGGAACUCUUGAUGCCCGAGGUGCUCCUCUAUGGGCUUGCAAAUCCUCUGGAAAGAGAUGUCCUAAAGGAGCUACGUCACUUGGCUUCUACCAUUCCCAAAACAUAGUGAUCAGUAAGUUGAGGUCAUUAAACAGCCAAAUGUUUCACAUCUUGCUCUAUGCAUGCAACAAUGCUAAAAUACAAGGAGUGAGCAUUGUGGCACCCGGGCUAAGUCCGAACACGGAUGGAAUCCAUUUAACAUCAUCAACAGGUGUGACCGUCUUGAAUUCUAAGAUCGCGACUGGAGACGAUUGCAUCUCAAUGGGGCCAGGAAAUUCAAAUAUUUGGAUAGAGAAGGUGGCAUGUGGCCCAGGUCAUGGCAUAAGCAUUGGGAGUCUAGGGUGGGACUUGCAAGAAGCCGGUGUCCAGAAUGUAACCGUAAAAAGCACAACAUUUAUAGGUACUCAAAAUGGUGUAAGGAUAAAAACAUGGGCGAGGCGAAGCAAUGGGUUUGUGAAGAAUGUUGUUUUUCAGCAUUCAACAAUGGUGAACGUGCAAAACCCAAUCAUAAUAGAUGCAAAUUACUGCCCAAACAAAAAGAACUGCCCCAAUCAUGUUUUAGGAGUAAAGAUCAGCAACGUUGUGUAUGAGGAUGUGCACGGAACAUCAGCAACACAAGUGGCAGUGAAAUUUGAUUGUAGCAAAGGGAAGCCAUGUAGCGGAAUCCGACUAAAGGAUGUUAACCUCAAAUAUAGGAGUCGACCAGCGAUGUCUUCUUGUUCACAUGUUGCCGGUGUUGUUUCUGGAUUACGUGGAUUUACAAGCUGUCUCUAAUUGUGGGUAAGGGGACAUCAUGGUGGUACACCCUUUCUCAGACAUUGUAGGUUCAAAUCCUACGAAGUGCAGGUGUGAUGAUUUUCAGAGUAGAGUAGGUGUAGAGUAUAGAGUGUGUGUUUACCGGUCAUAAAAAAAAAAAUAUAUAUAUUAUGGGUGCUGCUACUGCUACAAAUUCAUAUUCCUAGCUAGGGGAUUUUUCUCAGUGUUAGCAUCAUCAGUUUGAAUAUGGAUGGAAAGUGGCCUCAGAUCUUUUUUUGUUUGAAGCGCCACAUUGCAGAAUGCAGUUUAGGACAUAUUUUAAUCUUUCAAAUAUAUCUGUAUGUAUGUGUAAUGGUAUGUAUAUGUUUCAUUAAACCUGUAUGAUCUAUAUGUUGCUUCAAAACCAA